UUUUUCCAGUGAAUGAUAAAUUUGUAGUGCUUAAACAUUACCGUUGGUUUACAAUUUAAAUAUAUAUUUAUCUAUAUUUAUACUUUAUACUGGUAACACUGUAAACUUGUGAAUGUCCAGAUUUACCGGGAAUCGAAGACAAGUGGAAGACAACCCAACGAUGUCCCAACUGCAUAAUAAUUCAUUACUUUCAGGAGGAAGUAAUAAUAAUAAUGUUAAUGUUAAUAAGAGAAAUACUGGUAAUAGUAGUUUAGGUAAUCUUAAAACUGAAUUAUUAAAUGAACAAAAACAAGAAAUUAGAGAAGCAUUUUCAUUAUUUGAUAUGAAUAAUGAUGGAUGUUUAGAUUAUCAUGAAUUAAAAGUUGCCUUUCGAGCUCUUGGAUUUGAUUUAACUAAACGUGAAGUAUUAGAUAUUAUUCAUGAAUAUGAUACUGAUGAUUCUAAUCUUAUUACAUAUGAAAAUUUCUUUAAAGCAGUAGGAGAAAAGAUAAUAAAUCGAGAUCCAUUAGAUGAAAUAAGGAGAGCAUUUAAAUUAUUUGAUGAUGAUAAUACUGGUAAAAUAAGUUUAAGAAAUUUAAGAAGAGUAGCUAAAGAAUUAGGAGAAAAUUUAACUGAUGAUGAAUUAAGAGCAAUGAUUGAUGAAUUCGAUCUUGAUGAAGAUGGUGAAAUAAAUGAACAAGAAUUUAUCAAUAUUUGUACAGAGUAGUGGUAUUGUAAGGUUACUAUUCUGUAAUAUACUAUACUAUUAUACUAUUAUACUAUUAUACUAUUAUACUAUUAUACUAUUCUA